UCGAAAAGUGACGAGAUGGGGACCCAAGAUGAUUUAGAAGCUGCCAUGGGAAACCUUUCUCAAGCAUCAUAUGUUCAAGGUUUUGAUCCCUCUCAAAAAACACCAUCGGUUACUCCAUUACGGACAGUUAAGCCUGCCGGUUGGACAACACCCACUCUCAAAGAUAUGGAAUUACCGGAGGACUGUGUGAACGACGAGGACUACUCGUUAGUGUUUGUCCCUGAGGAUUCAUGGGCUAAACUGAUUGAGUGGUGCUCAAAUUCGAAGCAGCAACUUAGAGUUGGACCUUCUAUUUACACAAGGGAGUUAGCAGAACGUAUAAUUGGACCUGAUGUGUGGCUAAAGAAUUAUGAAAUUGAUGCUAUGCUGUACCUAUUUCGCGAGAAGACUUCUUUGAGACGAUGGAACAUAUCCAAAGUAGCCUUCAUGAGCUGUCUCUUCAGUAACCAAAUGAAGAAUUCUUACAAAGUAAUCAAGAACGACAUAAAAACUUUCAAGGUGGAAGGACUGCUCCACAAUUACGGAAUAGGUGAACUUCCUGCUGACGGACGAACAGGACUAAUGUGGGAUCUUGAUGUGGACCGGAUGUAUGUGCCUCUUCUUGUGUACGGUAACCACUGGAUCUCUAUGUGCGUCGACUUUGUUAAUCGUUCAAUAUUGGUCUUCGACUAUGCGGGAAUGAAACACAACAGGGAGUUAGAGCCAUUUUCCCAUCUCAUCCCGAGAAUUGUCAAAGCUGUGCAGUCUUCAAACAAGAAGGGACUUGUUGUCAAGCCAUAUGCUGUCACUUACGCUCCAAUGCCUUUCCUAAACAAGAGUAGCAGCGACUGUGGUGUAUAUGCAUUGAAGCACAUUGAGGCACAUCUUCUAGGCUUGGACUUAAGCUUGGUGAACGACGACAACAUUCGGGAAGCUCGACAGAAGAUUGCUUAUGACCUAUGGGAAGCAGCUAAUGAUCAUGUGCUCUUAACGCGGAUGGCACUGUUCUGUCCUCCGAAGCCUACCACACGGUCUUCGGUUACCAUUUUAUGAUUUUAUUUCUGUUAUGACUUGUCUAACAAGUGUAUAUGUGAAUCUCUUCUUUGACUCUUAUUUGACUGUAAACUCUAUUAUUUAGCAUUGUUUAUGAAUCUCUUCUUUGACUCUUA